CCGGGUGCUAGGGUGUCCUCAAUGGGUCUGAUAGGAUGGCUUUGCAGAGGUGUUCGUGAUGGUGUUGCCGUGGCUGCACGUUUUGGAGCUCGUACUUUACGCAGGCUGUUUCAUCUGUGGAAUAAUGUCCGCUGCUUCUCUGACAAUCACCCAGGGCCACUUUACAGGGCAGUGCAUUCUUUAUGGGACUGUUGAGUACAACACAUCUGGCCUGAUCCUGGAGAACCCCAGCCAUCCCUCCCUCUGCUACUUUGUGUCAGCCAUCUCUGUGUCUGUGGCCAUCUACUGCUUCUGCCUCACCCUCUACUGGAUCUACACCAGCUGUGUGGAAGAGGAGAUCAAGAGGGAAAGACUGUGGCUGAAUGUGACUCUGGGGGUGUGUAUGAAGAUAUUGUUUUUCCUGGCGGUGUCAGGGUGUACCCUGAGGAUCGGCAGGGACCGCCUCUGUCUGUCUGCCCUCCACAACGUGCCCUCCAUAACCAGUUGUGAAGAAGCCGAGAAUAAAACCUGGGUCAGUCCCUACAAUGGAAAUCAGUUCUACACGGGAUUGUAUAAUGCAGAGAAGUCUGUGUGGGUGAACUUCUUCUUCUGGGUGCAGAUCGUGGUGGUGGUGUUUGUCCAGAAACGUCAGGGGUUAGGCUCAAGGUCAGAAUGGAGCGUGUCUGAAACAGAGCCCUUGUUCCACCGUCCUGUCUGACCCCACCGACCACACCAAGCCAGAUGGGUACCAUAAUGGUUGUGUUCCUCUGCUCAGACGUUGCUGACGCAUGCCAGAUCUUACAACUUCUACAUAGGUAUUUUACGUAUCAGCUAACCAUAUGUUUUAGCAUGUUAUAGUAAUCUGGUGCCCAACGGCACAGUUGAUGACGUGGCACACAACCAUUAGUUGACGCAUGCAACGUUCUGAGCAGGGAAACACGACCAAUGUGUCCUUGCAUCCAGGUCGCUGCAUGCAACAACCUAGUUUUGUCCCAAGCUCAAGACAGGGAUAACAGUGGGUUAUAAAACCGGAUGUACUCAAUUAUUGAUAAUGUAAUUAGAUUCCACUGCAGUAUGAAAUAGCCUACCAUACACAUUUUACUUAAUUAGGCUGAAUUGGCCCCAACUCUGUCAUUUGGAUAAGUACUUUUACUAAAUAAGAUUCCUUUUGAUAAAGCCACUCAGUACUGACAUUAAAGGCAUUACAACAUCUAAUUUAGGCCAGGAAUGGUGCGCCCUAACUACAAUGUGUUUUCCCUUUGGAAUAGUACAAUUAACAUUGGAGAUAACUUCUUCCAUUUUUGUAUACUUAUCAGUUUAACCAAUUAGUUACACAAUUCAGUCACUUCCUGUUAGGUAAAAUGACCUGCUCAAUGUAUACUGAUUGAUGUAACAGCUGUGAAAGUCAAACAUUUCCUGUGUUUUUCAUGUGUUUUUGUCAGAACAAAAUCUCUGUCAUUGCUCAAAUCUUUAUUGAUUAUGAAGUCAUUAUUAAUGAAGUACAGUUACAUUG